AUGAACUACACUUUACCUUACGUUUGCUUAUCAAAUAUUUUCCAACACUUGGAAAAGGAUCAAAAAUCUUUGCAUUCCUGUGUAUUUGUCAACAAACAAUGGUGUAUGUCAGCAAUACCAGAAUUAUGGAGAAACCCUUUUGAGAGUCCCGAUCAACAACAGAUAGCUUUAAUAGAUACAUACAUCGCAUGUUUGCCGCAUGCGAUCCAACAGAGGUUACGGAUUUCUACAACCUUAACGAAACCCGUCACUUUCAAUUAUCCCGCUUACAUAAGGAACAUACCGGUCAACCUAAUAUUUUUAACCGUCUUGGAAUGGUGUGAGUCCAAGAUUGAAGCCGAAACUCCAUGUGAGAGGAUGAAGAAAGAAUUGAGUAAAGCUUUGUGUAGAAAUUUCUUGAGUCAAGCCGCGUACAUUGACUGCCUAGACAUUACUUCAGCGAAUGAUCUGAAUAUCUUUCGACUUUAUGGGGCAUCCUCAAAGUUACCACAAAUUCAUAACCUAAAGGUGAAUAAUGAAUAUUAUUCGGACCAAUUCAAAACCAUCUCAAGACUUUGUCAGAAUAUUCAAUCUUUAAUCAUAUGUCAAACGGAGCAUAUCAAAAUGGGGAAUUACACAGAUUUGGUGAAGAUUGUGCAAGCUCAACAAAAUUUACAGAACCUUUCCAUAGAAUCUCAAAAUAUUGAGGGAUUUAAAAUCGUUUGGAAUGGACUCAUCACCUCCCCACAUGCAAGGAAAUCCUUGAUCAGUUUGACCAUCGAACAUAUUUAUUUUGAUCCGAACUUUUAUACAAAGUUCCUUCAACAAUUGACGACAUUUGAGAAUUUAGAGAGGAUCGUAAUCAAAAAGUGGUUCAUCGAUCAAUUGAAUCAGGAUGAAAUCCAAGCUCCAUUCCGAGAGUUUAAAAAAUUAAAUACCAUAAUAGUUAAACAGUACGAUUUACCUUUAGAAAUUCUUGAACCCGUCUUUCAAUAUUCGAGCACGACCCUUCACACUUUACAGCUUAAAAGAUUACAAAAUUAUAACCUUGAGAGGGUAAUAGAAUUAUUAUCAACUUAUUGUCAUAACCUCAAGAAAUUCAUUGCACCAGUGACGAUUAAUCAAAGCCUUACAAUCGAAGAGUUAUUUAAAGGAUGUCAACAAUUAGAAUAUUUGCAUAUUUAUCACCCAAGUUUCGAUUUUAAAAAAGUACAACCCUUAAAUUGUUCUCAAUACAAUGUUUAUAAUGCUAUGGAUGUUGACGAAUACCUAUUGAAAUUGAAACAUAUUUUUCCCGACAGUUUGAGAACAUUUAAGGUUUAUUUCAUUUGGUUUUUCAGUCCUAGCGUACUAGAAAAAUUCCUUGAUGGUCUAAUGGUUGGGAAGGAUAAUGGGAUCUUGGAAUUUUGUUUCAGUCGGGGUUUGUCGGAAGAACAUUUGGAAGUGGUUAAAAAAUACCCUAAAAAUAAUGUUAAACUUAUAUAA